AUGCCGUACUGGUUCGCUUGCCCACGCUCUCCCACGUUAACCACACAUCCCCUCGUCGCAAUUGCUAGUAGUAAACAUACCGCACUUCAGAUCGUCACCCGCGCUCCCCUCAUCACCCUCGUCGACCCACACCGAUCCUCGCCGCCCUCACCUCCCUUGGUCACCGACAUUCCCUCUCGUCGCUCGCGCUUCCCCUCAUCACCCGUGACGACCCUCGCCGCCCCCGCCUCCCCUCGUCGCCCGCGCGUCCCGUCGUCGGGCUUGCCUCCCAGUCACUCGCGCUUCCCCUCGUCAUCCGCGUUUCCAUCCACUCUUCCCCUCUCCCCAUCUCACUAUCUCCAGCCCAUCCUUCCUCCCUCAUUCCUUCCAAAGGGGUGGGACAGAUGGGGAGAAACAGAGGUGGUCGCUUCCGCCACCACAAUCGAACAGCGUUUUGAUUCCCUCUCUGCUCCCCACCAUCCUCCCCCCAGCUCUCUCCCCGGCAUCUGCCCCCGUUCCCCCCAUCCUCUUCCCUGUUUCCCCGUAUCCCCUGCCGUGCUUCCCCCCAUCCUAUCCCCUCUUACCCCGUAUCCCCUGCCCUGCUUCCCCCCUUCCCCUUCCCUGCUUCCCCCCAUCCCCUUCGCAAAUUCCCCCCAUCCCCUUCCCUGCUUCCCCUCAUCCCCUUCCCUGCUUCCCCUCGUCCCCUCCCCUGCUUUCCCCCAUCCCCUUCCCUGCUUCCCUCCAUCCCCUUCCCUGCUUUCCCCCAUCCCCUGCCCUGCUUCCCCCCAUCCCCCUCCCUGCUUCCCCCCAUCCCCUUCCCUGCUUCCCCCCUUCUCUUUCCCUGCUUCACCCCAUCCCCUCCCCUGCUUUCCCCCAUCCCGUCCCGUGCUUCCCCCCAUCCCCUUCCUUGCUUCACCCAAUCCCCUUCCCUGCUUCACCCCAACCCCUUCCCUGAUUCCCCCCAUCCCCUUCCUUGCUUCCCCUCAUCCCCUCCCCUGCUUCCCCCCAUCCCCUCCCUGCUUCCCCCCAUCACCUUCCCUGCUUCCCCCCAUCCCCUCCCUUGCUUCCCCCCAUCCCCCUCCCUGUUUCCCCCCAUCCCCUUCCCUUCUCCCUGUGAACUUGAGAACGAGAAUGAAUUAA